GAACACACACGUGCACCACUGGCCUCUCGUUGAUGAUUAGGGCCAAACUCCUCCCUGCAGAAUAGAACAGUCCACAACACAUUAACUAUAAAUCCCAGCCUUUCCAUUGAACUUGCUUGUGCGCAACAGAGCCACAUUUUCAACAAACUUUGCUAGCUAGGUUUACCACUGAUCGAUUUUAGGUCCAACUUAAGUGCAGGCCCCAGUUGUGUGAGAGCCCCUCUCUGCAGUACGAGCAGCAUGUUUCAGGAGAUCGUGGCCUUCAUAUUGUCAACUUCAGGGUGGGUGCUGGUGUCUUCCACCUUGCCGACGGACUAUUGGAAGGUUUCGUCUCUUGAUGGAACAGUCAUCACCACUGCUACCUACUGGUCUAAUCUGUGGAAGACCUGUGUCACUGAUUCAACUGGAGUCUCCAACUGCAAAGACUUUCCCUCAUUGCUAGCACUGGAUGGUUACAUCCAGGCCUGCAGGGGACUGAUGAUUGCUGCAGUCUGUCUGGGGUUUUUUGGAUCUAUAUUUUCCCUGGUUGGAAUGAAAUGCACAAAAAUUGGGGGAACUGACAAGUCCAAAGCCAGGAUCGCCUGUUUUGCUGGGGUAAAUUUUAUUCUUAGUGGCCUCUGCUCUCUGUCAGCGUGCUCCCUUUAUGCACACCGGAUAACAUCAGAAUUUUUUGACCCAAUGUAUAUUGCACAGAAAUAUGAACUAGGAGCUGCUCUCUUUAUUGGAUGGGCAGGUUCUAUCCUCUGUAUUCUUGGAGGCAGCAUAUUCUGUUUCUCUAUCACAGAUUCCUUCACCAAAAGCCGUAGUCAAGUGAAAUAUAUCUACAAAGGAGCAGCCUCACAUUCACAUAUCUCCUCAUACCCAAGAGGGCACGCAAACUCUAUAAACCAGAGGCCGCCUCCAGACUACAGCGGCUCCUCCAGGACCCAGCACUUUGAUAAGAAUGCAUAUGUUUGAGGAAUGUGAAUAUAAAACAGUUGAUGUCACUGGUAAAUCUUAAAAAUGUAUAGUGGUAGUUAUUGCCUAGCACUGACAUUCAUCAGUGCAGGGAUACGUUGUUGUUGCUGUUGUUGUUUUUAAAGAAUUAACAUUUCUUUCAAGUUUUUGAACGUUAAGGUGUGUGAUGCAUUUUACUCCCGGAUUUCGGGAAUGUAUUCUGAACAACAUCUGUCUUUAACAGUUCCCCCUGUUAAAUUGAAUACCUUAUUAUAUAAA